CACCACCUCUUCCCCCAUUUCUUUAGUAACAGAAAACGAAAAACCCUAAAAAUUGAAACGGAAAAUUGCAGGAACUAAAAAUGGAGAAGAGGCUCCGGUCAUCUCUCAAGACAUCCGCCGAGGAAUUCCUCUCAUCCGCCGUCAAAUCAACCUUAAAAUCCUCCAAACCAUCUCUGAAAACCAUCGUCAACUCCGUAAAGCCCUCGUCGGACCUCUCAUCUUCUCUCCCACUCGCUCUCCUCCACUCCAUACUCCACCACACUCAAUCCUUCCAGAAUCCAUCGACUUCUCCCUCUAAUUCGCCUCCACCCAAGCGCCAACGUGGCAACGGACCACCCGGAUCCGACUCGGAUUCGGAUCAGCAGCAGCACCAGAUCCUCGCUUCUCUCCAGGUCCUCUCUCAUGUACUCCACUUGUGCGUUCUAUCUCCCAAGAAAGCCUUCUCCGCCUCCGAUCUACUCCCCGCGGCACAAGCUUUGCAUAACAGUCUCAUCCUCUUCGAGUCGGAUCCGGUUCUGUGCCUGGAGGUCGCCGGAGUCUGCGAGUCUUGGUGGAAGGAAGGGUUCAUCGAGAGAGAAACUCUGAUCUCUCAGCUGUUACCGUUUCUGUUAUCGAGGUCACUGACGUUGAAGAAGAAAGUAGAUGUACAUCGAGUCUACAUGCUGAGAGAAGCGUUCGCGUUGUUCGAUUUCGACGACGAAGAGAGCAUCGGAGAUCUGAGGAUGCUCCUCAUGCGCUGCGUCGUUUCGCCUCUGUAUUUGAAGACAGAGGACGGCCAGAGGUUUCUCUCUUUCGCGUUCGGGCUCAGCAGGCAGCUGAUGAAGUCGGGACUCGCCGUUGUUAAAGCUCAGAUUCCUUUCGGGAGGAAGUCGGUUCUCGUAGGCUUCGGUGGUAUUCUGUUUAGGGCGUGGAGAGAGGUUGAGGAUGAUUUGAGAGGUGAGAUCGAAGACGGUUUUAUGCAGGGGAUUGUUGAUUGUGCUAUCCACGCCGCUUCCUCCGCCUUUGCUGCUUCUCUAAGGAAGGUUCUCGGAGGGUUUAUCACCCAGAGGACUACUCAGGGAGUCGAGAAGCUACUCUUUGGCCUCGCUGAGCCUAUGAUAUUUCGCUCAUUGCAGGUUGCAAAUUCAAAUGUUCGUUUAAACGCUUUACAUUUACUUCUGGAUCUUUUCCCAAUGGAGGAUCCGGACGCAACAAAAGAAGAGAAAGAUAAGCUGCUUGACAAACAGUUCUACUUGUUGGAAAAACUAAUGAGCGAUGAAUGCCCAGAAGUGAGGUCUGUUGCCGUGGAAGGUCUCUGUCGAGUUUUCUAUCUUUUCUGGGAAGUGAUCCCAUCGCCAACGAUUACCAAGAUCAUCACCAAGAUCUUCAACGACAUGUCGCAUGAGUCUUGCAGUGAGGUUAGGCUUUCGACGGUUAAUGGUAUAACUUAUCUCCUCGCCAACCCGCAGUCACAUGGUAUUCUUAAGGUGCUUCUGCCAAGACUGGGGCAUUUGAUGCUGGAUAGUGUUACUUCUGUACGGGUUGCCAUGGUAGAUUUGCUCCUGCUCUUAAGAGAUGUUCGUACUUUCCAGUUUAACACGGUAGUGAGUUUGGAUGUGUUGUUAUCUGUGCUUGCUUCUGACCAAACUAAUGUUGCUAAGGGAAUCGCACGGCUUCUGAUGCCAUCCUAUUUUCCAUCGAGAAAGAGAGCUGAGGAGGCCUGCACGCGAUGCAGGACGCUCAUAAACAGAAACCCACUGGCUGGUGCAAGGUUUUGCGAGUUUUUAGUAUCUUUAGGAGCAACCGUUCAAUCUGCACUGCAGCUAGUGGGAUUCUUCUUGAAUUCAAUCUUGUCAGGUGAUGAUAAGCUAGAGGAUAACCAGAUUGAAGGCUUGCUUCUUGCUUCGUACUAUCUCUGUAAAGAUCUGGUUGCUGCUGAUUCUGGGUGUAUGGCAUCUCUUAAAGAGUUGUUACCUGGAGAAAAACUGAAAAGCUUGCUAGCUUUUGCACCCACUGCGCAGGCUCAGUCAGCUGUCUUUGAUAUUCUUGCUAUGGUCUCCCCUGAGACCGUCUCUGAUGUACUAGAGGAUUGCAUGAGUUUGGUUGUGAAUUGUGGUGGUUUGCCUGGUGAUGAAGGACGACAGGUCGAGAUGAGGUCUGUACACAAGUUACUCCUCUCUUCUAAUGCCUUUUCCGACCUCAUUGGAACUUUCACCAGUACCCUGCAGAAGACUGCCUACCGCUGCCAGAUCAAUUUUGGCGAUGAAGUAGAAAGAAAGAAUGUCUACUCAGCGACGAGGAAGAAAUCAAAGUCCUCUAGAAAUUCAUCUUCCGCAAAGUGGAAACAUGUUAGCGAGAAAAAUGCAAUCAGCUUCGAGGAAGAUUAUUCGGUAGCUGUAGGAAUAGCAUGGCAAAUAAAGGAUUUGCUUGUCAUCGAAGAUGCUCGUAAAGCAAUGCUCGAGUCUUCUGAUAUUGAGGAGUUGUGCAUUGCCUUAAAAGUCGUCUCCCAGACUAGCAUACUGCAAGCCAUGGACGUGUACCCUGUAUUAGCAUAUACUUCUCUUGCUUUACACAUGACUCUUCGGAAUCUUGAUACGGAUGCUCAGAUGAAUGAUACCGAGGAUAUUCUGGACCAAACAAUGGGUCACAUUCUAGGCUGUACAGAACAACUAUUCCAGGCAGGUGACAAUGGAACGUCAGAGACCAUAGCUCUAAAGACGCACCUUAGCAAGAAAUCAAAAAGAAGAAAUUCAAAUGACGGUGUUGAUGCUUCAGAGGGUCAAAGAUCAAAGGAAGGAGGUGUACUGAACAAGGUCAAGAUGCUAACUGCGAUUCUCAAGUUUAUGGUUGAGUCUACAGAGAUGGGUCUAGCUUCCCAUUUCCACGAAAGAAUGUUGAAGUUCACAUCUGCGUAUCUGAAGUAUGCCAUCUCCAGUUUCGACCACCAUUCAACUGGUAAGUUACAAUUCGAGGAUGCAGAUUUGAAGGACAUGAUUCUGUGUACAAAAAGCUCGACCAGUUACGCCGGGAAGUUGAUAAACCUGGUGAUGAGAGAAGCGUCACGCCCUUUGUUUGAAGCUUUUGACCUUGCGAACGACCUGCUUGAUCUACUCACCACGGUGGAGAUAACGUUAGGCUCGGCUUAUGCGUCGAAACUUGUGACAGCUUUAAACCCUUGGAUACCAGAUUUGGUUCUUGCAUUAGGACCUUGUUUCAUCAACAACAACAUGGAAGAAGAAGAAGAAGAUUCAUACACCAGCAGAUUCAAUCACAUCAAGCUCUGCUUUCCGACAUGGCUUCUUACAUGCGCGAAGCUUGAGCUACAUGAAAUGGAUGACACCUCAGAAUCAUCUCAUCUCCAACUCCCGGCACUGAAAAGACUGAGAGAUACCAUAGUUUCGUUGGUGAAAGGUAACUCAAAAGUGGUUGAUGGAAUCGGUUACGUUCUUUUGAUAUGUUCAGCCGUGUGUAUAGAGAAGAAAGAUUACAGUGCAGUUUUAGGGUUGCUGCGCUUUCUAUGUGUGAAGUUGCUUAGUAGGGAAGAAGAAGGAGAAGAUAGAGAGUGGAAAGAGCUUGACACAAUGUUGGUCUCGCUUCCGAGUAUUUACCCAAUGAUAGAGAGAGAGAUUGGUGAAGAAAGAGAUGAAGAGGAAGUGAGGAAGCUCGAGGCCGCAAGAGAAUUGCUUCUGCCUGUGUGGACCUACCAUGUCUAUGAAACCGGAAGGUUUCGCAUGAUGGAGGAGGAAGAAGAAUAGAUAAUGUCGGUUUAGAGCUUUGAUGUGUUGUAAUAUACAUUCGUUAGUGUGUUCAUUUGAACUCUGAAUCUCAAUUUGAUCCGAGUCUAUGUGAAUCGACACAAAGACAGAGAUU